CUUUUAUAUAACUAAAAGUCGACAAAUAAUAAUUUAAUUAUACGACGUUGGAAAAGAAUUUGAGUUGUGUGAGAAACGUUUUUUUCUUUUUUUAAGGAGUGAGAGAAUCGAAUUGUCCAUAGGUUUUGAGCGUCACAGCGGUGAUAUAUUUAGAUGAUUUGUGGUAGUGGAUGAAAAACAAGUAAUUCCGAUCUCUGUUCGUUGAACCAAAACAGAGCAAAUAUGAUGAUAUAAUAUUGAUUGUAGAGCAAUCGAAAUCAAAACAAAAAAUUGGGUGUGCAGUGAGAUGAUGAUGAAGUUUCUGAGUCUCUUGAUUUUGGCUUCCAUUCCCGUUCUGAAAGUGCUUCUGAUUACAGGGCUUGGCUCUUUUCUGGCUCUCCCUUACAUCGACAUCUUGGGCCAAGAAGCCAGAAAGCAUUUGAAUGGAGUGGUUUUUUACGUAUUCAAUCCUGCCCUCGUCGCCUCCAAUCUUGCUGAAACUAUUACCUACAACAAUAUGGUCAAGAUGUGGUUUAUGCCUUUCAAUAUCCUCAUCACUUUCAUUGUGGGAUCACUAUUUGGUUGGAUUGUGAUUCAAUGGACCAAACCUCCUCCUCAUCUCCGUGGACUCAUCUUGGGUUGCUCCUCUGCUGGAAAUUUGGGCAACAUUUUGCUUAUUAUUAUUCCAGCCGUUUGUAAAGAAAAGGGAAGCCCCUUUGGGGACUCCGACAACUGCACCACUUAUGGAAUGGCUUAUGUUUCUCUUUCAAUGGCGAUUGGAGCCAUUUUUUUAUGGUCUUAUGUUUACAAUAUUGUUCGAGUUUCUUCAAUGAGCCACAUCACUGCGGAUCCUACCUCUAAUAACUUGCCCAUCACUAAUACUUCCUCCAUUGAGGAACCAUUGAUUCACAAUCAACCGCUUGUUGUUUAUAAUGAUGAUGAUGAUGAUGUUUCUAAUUCGAAGAAAUUAUUGGUUUUGGAGGAAAAUGCAGUCAUCUCCUCUUCUAAAUCCAAACAUGAGGCUUCAGUUGCUGUCAGAAUAACCACAUUCAUUAAAUCGCUUAAUUUGAAAGCAUUGUUUGCUCCGUCAACAAUUGGAGCGAUUGCUGGUUUUGUGAUUGGUCUCAUUCCUCAACUCAGAAACUUGUUGAUCGGUGCCGAUGCUCCUUUGCGUGUCAUCGAUGACUCGGCUGCCUUGUUGGGAAAUGGAGCCAUUCCAACUGUCACACUAAUUGUAGGAGGGAACCUUCUAAGAGGUUUGCGAGGAUCGGAAUCGGAGUUGAAGAAAUCCAUCGUUGUUGGGAUUGUUUUGGUUCGGUAUGUUGCGCUGCCUUUGACUGGAAUUUUGAUUGUGAGAGGAGCUGCAAAAUUUGGUUGGGUGGGAUCUGAUCCCUUGUAUCUGUUUGUUCUUCUGCUUCAAUUUGCAGUCCCACCAGCAAUGAACAUUGGAACAAUCACUCAAUUGUUUGGAGCUGGAGAGGCCGAAUGCUCGGUCAUUUUGCUGUGGACUUACGUCCUAGCUUCAAUUUCAUUGACCUUUUGGUCCACCUUGUUCAUGUGGCUAGUGGGUUGAUCAACAACCAAACCACAUAAAACUCGUGUUCUAAGAUAGAGAUAGGCAUGAUACUUUAGUAGGAUUUUACCUAGAUAAUACAUGAGCUUAAUAAGUAGGAUUUUACAACAAACUCACUCUUUGAUAUAUUUGUUCAUUCAUUUCUAUGAAGUUACAAAAUUCAAUGUUU